AUGGUCGAAGAGGAAGGUGUUCAGAGGUCGCACUUGAAGAUCUUCCUCUUCGACUAUGCCUACUGUCACCAAUGUCAAGCGCUCUGGGACGUUACCCUGCGUGAGGUGGUGGUUGAACUGGGACAGUUUGAGCAAAAGAAAGUACUAAAUGCACAUUUACUGAGCGAUGGACUGGCGAUUGAAAAGCAGCAAUCCUGGAGCCAUGAGAAUGAAACAAAGCAUUUACUAAACAGAUUGAAAAGGUUUUCUGAUCUCAGCAUUCAAGAUCCCAUUAUUGUGUGGUGGUCUUUGUUGACUGGAGAACCUGGGCGAUUGAGCCAGUGUGGGGCAGACACUUGCUUCUUUACUAUGAAAAGGAACUACCAGAAUCAUGAGAUGACGAAAGCAUUCCUGUUUUACGGCACAGACUUUCCUAUAAACAGCUUACCACUGCCCAGGCAAGCCCAACAUGAAUGGGCCCUCUUCCAUGAAGAGUCCCCGAAAAAUAAUUACAAACUCUUCCACGAGCCUACCAUUACGCUGUUUAAUUACACAGCCACGUUCAGUCGUAAUUCUCACAUGCCCUUGACCACCCAGUAUCUUGAGAGCAUUGAGGCAUUGAAAUCGCAACAGUACUUGACCCCACUGUCCGAGAAGAACCGUUUGAGAGACAAACUGGCCCCAUUGGUGUAUGUUCAGUCAGACUGUGACCCACCGUCAGACCGGGACAGCUACAUUCGGGAACUGAUGAAAUAUAUCCAGGUUGACUCUUAUGGAGAAUGUUUACACAACAAGGACCUUCCUGCACACCUCAGGGAUCCCACCACCAUGGAUAACGAUGGCUUCCACAAGAUCCUGGCUCAGUACAAAUUCAUUCUUGCUUUUGAGAAUGCGGUCUGUGAUGAUUACAUCACCGAAAAGUUCUGGAGGCCUUUGAAACUGGGGGUUGUCCCGGUCUACUAUGGCUCCUCAAACAUAGCCGAUUGGCUUCCCAGCAAUAGAAGUGCAAUACUCGUCAGGAACUUUUCACACCCAAAAGAUCUGGCUGAGUACAUAAUGCGAUUGGAUCGAGACGAUCGAGACUACGAGGCUUUCCUCGAGUGGAAAUGGAAAGGAACAAUCUCCAAUGAUGACCUGCUGACAGCGAUGAGAGAACGCAAGUGGGGAGUCCAGGAUAUCACCCAGGACAACUACAUCGAUGCCUUCGAAUGCAUGGUGUGUAACCAUGUUUGGCAGAACAUCAGAAGAAAACAAAAGAUGCUGCCGCCAGUCCUGUGGCGGGCAGAAGCCAAUCACCUGAGCUGUCCAGCACCAGAAGCCUUCACCUUCUCACCACCCUUGGCCGGGUGGGACGCCCUGAGAGACCUCUGGGUACCGAGUUUCCAGCAGUCCAGAAGAGAAGCCACAGCUUUGAGAAGCUUAGUGGACCGCAAUCAAAACUUCACCACGGAAAUGUUUUGGAAAAUGGUGUUUAAACACUAAUGUUGCUGGGCUCAAUAAUUUAUUUCUAUUCAACGAGAACAAUGGGGAGUGAGUGGGGGGGAGGGGAGAAGGUAAGCGGGGUCUUCUCAGAACUGGACUUGCCUUAUCAGAAUCACCCCUGUGAUGGUCUCUAGUCUGCAGAAUUCCGGGGCACGGCUGAUGACAGCACAGCCCUGCCUGGCUCAUCUGCAGGACUUCAAGAGGCAGAUCAUCUUAGUGGUGGGCAGGAGUGGACUCAGCUCCUGUUAGUCCUGUAAGUGAAAACCCUGAUGGCUUGGGUGGUCCUACUUGGACAAGCAUUGGGAAAGCUCAUCAGUGAUUGAAAUGACAAGCUAUGGAGUUUUAGCCGCUUAAACUCCAGCAAUUACCCC